AUGGCGUUGUACAAAGACGUAACAAAACUGUCUGGGAAGAACAACUGGGAGACUUGGAAGUUCGAAACAAGCAUAGUAUUAAAAGGCUUAGGAUUGUUCGAUAUUGUAUCUGGAAAAUCACUAGAACCAAAAGAAGAUAACUCACGAUAUCUGCAAAGACAUAAUCAACCGGCUAUUGACAUCACAUCACCAAUAGCAAAGAAUGGAAAUGAACAAGAAAUUCAUGAGGAGUUACAAGAAAGUUAUGAAAAUGUCAAAGAGACUCCUGAUGAGUACCAUGAUGCCGAACUGGCAGUAAUACCGAGAAGAUCACAAAGGGUUAAAAGAAACCCCAGAGGUUUGAAUUUGAAGAAUCAUGUUUAA